UGCACGCUUCUUGAAAGGAACAACUAAAUCAAAAGGAAGAAAUACUUUUCUUAGUCGACUUAAAAUUUUUGAGGUGUCAGAAAGGAGAUUCAACAAAUACUGAAGGUUAAAAAAGAUACACAAGAUGGCAGUCAGGAGCGGAACAAUAUCUUGGCCAAAAACACGGAUGUGGACAGAGCUGGACGUGGCAAACUUUGUAAGCGAGACAGGCUUCCCCCAUUAUGCACUUGGCUUCCGCCAGAACUGCGUCAACGGACAGAGGCUUGAGGAAAUGGACCCUUUUGAUUUUCAAAGGGACGUCAGAAGAAAGCAAUGGUCCCUUCCUCCUCUCGCCCCGCCCCCACACAUGAAAGCAGACGACAUGGUCUUGCCACUGAGGGAUCGAGGGGACAGGCUUUAUCGAUACCAGCAGCCGACACAGUCUUACCAUGAUCAUUGUAUGGUUAUUGGCCGGAUCGAUGACUGGAAGCGCUACAACUCCAAGUUUUAAGAAGGCGUGCGCUCGGUUUUGCUUUAAAAAGUUUAAUACUUCCCCUUUUUGCACCGUAUCUUUGCUUUGCCAUCUUGAUUAGAAGAACCCAUAAUAUACGGAUAAACAAAGCAACCCCUUUCCACAACCACAUGUGAUACCAGGAGUUCACAUCUCCCUGACCAAAAUGUUAACAUAAUACGAACCUCAAACUACCGGUAUGUGUCUACAGGAAAGCAGCCUUUAGUAUAAAUCAACCAACGUUCUUCAGUUAGGAAAAAAAUAAUGUUUAUCUGUACCGUGGUCUCUCGAACAGAACGCUGCACGUGCAUAAUGUUUUCAUUUAAGAAAUCCUCGCAAAAAAAUCUUCAUACUGGAACACAAGAUAAAAUUGGUUCUUUUGAGAGCAUAAUCUGUGUUGUCUGAGUCCUCCGAAAAGAUCACGGUGUGCCUUUAGCCAGAGAGCGAGAGAACAGUAUUUUGCACUUAAACAAUAGGAGUAAUGAAGCAGACGACAAAAACAACAAGUGUGGUGACCCCCUAAGCUCGAAUGUCCUUGGAAAGUGCAAAAUGCAAAAACCCACACUGAAUUGGAAAUAAAAGCUGUUGGGCCACAAAUAAAAUGAAAAAUUGCCAGUAGUUGAGGAAAAUGUCUGUGUUCUCAAUUUCAUUAUUUUCACGCACGUCUGAUUUUCCCGUGACGCCACACAAAUACUACAUUUUAAUCAUAUCAUUUAUACAAGCCAUUUCGACAUACUCGUAGCUCGGGGAAUACACAGUUCAAAUACUCGUAUUGUACCUAUCGAUAAAAUCAAACUAAAUUUAGGACUGCAAAUAUUCUAAAAGAGUCAUAAUAGACAGGAACACAACAACAAAAAUGAAAUACACAUAAAAAGCUUAAAAUUGCCAACAUCAACGACCCUUUAAAGACUUGUAGGUUUUGUACAAAAACUCUUUAUUUCACAAUCAAAACAAAAACGACAUCACCAGACGUCACAACAGUGGAGUUUUGUCAAAUCGUAAACAUAAUAAUCAAGACUCAUACUCAUGCGUUUUUGUUACAAGUAGCCUACUAAG